CGUGGCGAACUCCGAGCCGCAACCGAUGGUGGACCGAACAGGGAACUCUACCUGCAAGCGUCUUCACGGAAAGACCGUUACAAGAAAUCACGCCGACGAUUACUUGGAUUAGUUUGUUCACCGCGACAAUUUUAUCCAAGUAGUACGAACGCAGUUCAUCAUCAUGUCUCUCGCAUCCGGACCGAGCCAUGCAGCCUACACAUGGGCGGCGCAAGGAGGCGGAUUUGGUAAUCAAACGGUGGUCGACAAGGUGCCGCCGGAGAUGCUCCACUUGGUCGACGCUCACUGGUACCAAUUCCCGCCGAUGAACCCUCUGUGGCAUGCGCUUCUCGGCUUCGUAAUCGGUGUCCUCGGCGUAAUAUCAGUCAUCGGUAACGGCAUGGUGAUAUACAUAUUCACCACCACCAAGAGCCUCCGCACUCCAAGCAACCUGCUCGUCGUCAAUCUCGCCACCUCCGACUUCCUCAUGAUGUUGGCCAUGUCUCCAGCUAUGGUGAUCAACUGCUAUUAUGAGACUUGGGUGCUAGGACCCUUGUUCUGUGAAUUGUACGCCUUGGCGGGCUCCCUGUUCGGAUGUGGCUCCAUAUGGACGAUGACGAUGAUCGCUUUCGAUAGGUACAAUGUAAUCGUCAAAGGUUUGUCUGCUAAGCCAAUGUCCAUUAACGGUGCCCUCACUCGCAUAUUCGGCGUCUGGCUCUUUUCGUUACUUUGGACAAUCGCCCCGAUGUUCGGAUGGAACCGCUACGUACCCGAGGGCAACAUGACUGCCUGUGGUACCGAUUACUUGAACAAGGACAUGUUCUCCAGGUCGUACAUAGUGAUUUACAGCAUGUUUUGCUACUUCAUGCCGCUAUUCCUCAUCAUCUACAGCUACUUCUUCAUCAUUCAGGCAGUCGCCGCUCACGAGAAGAACAUGCGCGAGCAAGCGAAGAAGAUGAACGUCGCUUCCCUGCGAUCAGCCGAGAACCAAAACACCAGCGCCGAAUGCAAACUGGCAAAGGUAGCUCUCAUGACCAUUUCCCUGUGGUUCAUGGCGUGGACUCCGUACCUAGUCAUCAAUUACGCGGGCAUCUUCGAGACGACCAAGAUCAGCCCGCUCUUCACGAUCUGGGGCUCUCUCUUUGCCAAAGCCAAUGCUGUAUACAAUCCCAUUGUGUACGGCAUCAGCCAUCCUAAGUACCGAGCUGCUCUCUUCCAGAGGUUCCCAUCUCUGGCGUGUACCACCGAACCGGCGCCUGGGGCGGACACAAUGUCUACGACUACCACUGUUACAGAAAACGAAAAACCUGCCGCAUAAAAUAAUGACGCUAUACACAUCGGUUUUUUGACAAUGCAAUAGAUUUGCUAAAUGGACGUAACGCCGUUGAGAUACUGUUAUAUCAGUCAUAAAGAAAUCGCAUCAUCGUCAAGCAUGAGUUGUAAAUAGCUGCAUUAAAUAACGCGUGCAAGAGAUACGUCACCACCGCGAGAAUGUAUUUAACCGAUUUUAUAUCCGUAAGAGAAAUGCCGUACGAUUAAUUGUGGUCAAAGCGAGACCUAAGCCGAAGUUAAGCUCGAUAUGCGAAAAAUUAACAACAAAAGAUCGAGGGCUAAACAGUUUCAUUAUAGCUGUUAGUCUAUGAUACAUUUUAUAGUUCGGCUGCACCACGAGUCGAAUUUCUCAAAUGGCUCAUAGUGCAGUUUGUAAAUUUUAUCAUCUCUUGGAAUACAUGGUCAUUUUGGAAUUAGCAAACAUAUAAUAUUGUUAAACCUAUUACAUCGUCAUGAGAUAAGACGAUGAUAUCUGUAAUUAAUUUUAUAGAAUUAAAUAAAUUCUGCAUGCAAACAUAACAAGA